UGAAAAUACUGGAAAAAGAUAACACGAUGUAUUCCCAUGAAGGUCCAGGCCACAGUUGUCGGUUUCCUGGCUGCUGUGGCAGCAGUGAGUCUCGGGGGCCUGACGAGAGGUCGAGUGGAUGUUGUCCACGCCGCCAUCCUGUGCGCCAGCAGUGUCACCGCAGCCUUUCUUGCGGCGCUGUCUCUAGGCCUCGUGAUGGUGGCCGUGAUCAUCGGCUCCAGGAGAAUGGGCGUCAACCCAGAUAACGUAGCCACGCCCAUCGCUGCCAGCCUGGGCGAUGUCAUCACUCUGUCGUUGCUCGCUGCGGUCAGCAGGUUUUUCCUCUGCUACAGAGACACAUGGUACCUGCCUGUUGGAGUGUGUGCCUUUUUCCUGCUUCUUGCGCCAUUGUGGGUCCUUGUCGCCCGCCAGUCUCCACCUAUCGCAGAAGUCCUGAAGUCAGGCUGGCAGCCCGUUAUUUUCGCCAUGUCACUCAGCAGUGUUGGUGGCCUGAUUCUGGAUAAGACCGUGAGCAAUCCAAACUUCGAAGGAAUGGCCGUGUUCACUCCGGUUAUCAAUGGUCAGUAGCUA